CCAUGCUGGUACCCCAACUCAGGCAACUCGCAUGCAAGCGCAAGCGAACGAGGGAAGCGGGUCUGUAAGCGCUCAUCGCUGCCGUGGCCUGACCAGGUGAGGUAGGCGGCCAGGACUUGCCUGCGAACCCGUGCCCACUCCUUUUAGACGCCAGACCCGAAAAGAAUAGAGAUGGAGUACGACGAUCCAGCAGCGGUCGCGUGGGCCAAGGAGCGACUGAGACUCGACCGGUCGUCAGCUCCGAAGCAGAAACAGCAACAGCAACAGCAACAGCAACAGCAACAGCAACAGCAACAGCAACAACGUGGUGCGUGCCAGCAGGUGGGCCAGGAUGAAUGGGAUGAGCCGGACGGUGCAGCGACUGGAGGUGGCGCUGCUCCGGCGCCGCUGGUCGUGAAUCUCAGGGAGAAAGACCCAUUCGACUGGGAGAGCUACAUUGCACCAUAUACAGGGCAUACACGUCUAGCGAGGCUGCUCUUUCUCGCAGAGCAUUGCCCCAGCUUACGGAUCCCAUGCGCGGACCAAGCGCUGAGCACCAUCCAACAGACCACCACCAAUGCACCACUCUACCUUCGGGCGCUGCAGCUGCGCAAUACUGAUCCGGCUACCGAUGCACCAUGGACAGAUCGGAGCAAGAUUGCAAGCCAGGAUGAUGCUUGGAUCAAACAAACUAAUGCCAGGAUCAGCAGUGAGGAGGAGAAGCUUGAGCUUGAGCUACGAAAUUACCAAAACAACAUGAUCCGCGAGAGCAUUCGAAUGGCCAACCGUGAUCUGGGAGACUUUUACCGCUCGGCAGGGCAUCCAUCACAGGCGCUGAAAUAUUAUCAGCAGACGCGCGAGUACACCUCCACUGGGGAACAUGUCCUCGAAAUGUCCUUGAACGUGAUCGAGGUGGCAUUGGACCAACAUGCUUACCAGCUCGUUGCGUCCAAUGUCGCCAAGGCCGAAGGGGUGCUGAAGAACAUCAUAUCUGGAGGCGAGAGCGCAGCGCUUGCAGCAGGCUCGAUCCACACAGGCGGGGGAAGCCGGAUCGGCUUUGGCAGCGGAGCUGGCACAGGGUCAUCUGGGGGCGCAGGAGCAGGCGCGAGCGGCAGCAGGAGCAAGGUCGCUCCUGUCAGCAAGGGAGGUAACUCGGCCGGUGGUGAUGCGAUCGGUGCGCUCUUCAGCGCAGGAGGCUCUGCAGGCGUAGCGCCCGGAGGAGCGAAUGCAACUGGUGGUGGCGCUCGUGCAGGAGGGUUAGCAGGUGCUGGUGGUAGCAAUGGCGGUAGCAGAGAAGCCAAAGCGAAGAAAUUGGUACGCGAGAUUCAAGACAAGCUCAAUGUCGCAGGAGGGAUUGCCGCGAUGGGUCUGCGAAGGUACGAAAUGGCAUUGAGAAGUCUAUCCAAGGUGGACAUCAAUUCGUCCAACGCAUGGAGCAAUAUGGCAUCCCCUGCAGACAUUGCCCUGUACACUUCGUUCUGUGCAGCUGUGACCCUGGAUCGUUCCGAACUGCGCCGCCGUCUGGUUGGCCGCGGGGGUCCGCAAUCGUCUGCGUCCGAAGAGGCCAGCGCGGCGGCGAGCAACAAUGCCGAGGGUGGAACAGUGACAGGCGGCGGAAUCACUGGCACACUCGACGUCGAUCCGGCAGCACGCGAGCUGAUCUGGAAGUUCCACGAGUGCGAUUUCAAGAAGGUCUUCCGAAAUCUAGACAUCUGGCGCAGCAGGCAUCUGCUCGACUUCCACCUCAGUCCGCACGUCGAGCAGCUCAGCAAGACCAUCAGGACGCGCAGUGUGCAGGAUUUUCUCAAGCCAUAUAAAUCACUUGUCCUUGCGGACAUGGCGGAGGCUUUCGGGUUUGACGAGCAGACUCUGUUGCAAAGCUUGAUCAGCCUGCUGGAAGAGGACAAAAUAGACGUCCGGAUUAACAUGCAGAACAGGACCCUCUCCGCGGCUCCACGCAAGGAUGAACGCGCCGAGCUGUAUGACCGCGCUUUCAAAGUCAGCGCACAAAGAGUCAAAGAUUGCAAGAACAUUCUGUUCCUUCAAGAGCUCGUCCGCGAGAAGUUGAUCGUCAAAGGCAAGCAGCAAGCGUGGUGAAGCAAGGGACACCCGAGCACAGAUGUGCCCGCAUGGGUUCGAUUCGAAGCAUUUGUAGCAUUUGUACCAUCACCAAACAAGCAUAUUCUCUG